AUGUCGUCGCUCAUGGGUUCCAUCUUCAAGGGCGCGGCGGCGACUGCGCCGGCGACCACGGCAGCGUCUACGUUGAGCAUUUUGCGGAUGGGAAGUCCGGCGCUGCGGUUGGCAUCUCGGCCCUGGAGCAAGGACGACAUCGUGAGUGGCACGACGCGCGGGCUGGUGAGGGACAUGACCGCCACCAUGCACUCGAGUGAGGGCGUGGGUUUGGCCGCUCCACAAGUGGGCAUCAACAAACAGCUUGUCAUCGUCCAUCUCCCGGCUGAUUCCGAUCUGCCCAAUCUCCAACCGGUGCCGCUGAUGGUGCUGUUCAACCCGAAGCUCACGGUGCACCGACCACAGGACAAGAUCGCGAUGAGUGAGAGUUGUCUCUCCGUGCCCGGGCUGGUGGGCAAAGUGUGGCGGCAUCGCUACGUGCGAGUGGAGUACGUGGACACGGAGGGCAACGACCGACGGCUCGAGGCGAGCGGCUUCAUCGCGGCCAUGCUCCAACACGAGAUCGAUCACCUGCACGCCAAGCUGUUCAUCGACCACGUCAAGCCCGGGGACCUCUACUUCCACGACGAGUUCAUGCAGUAUGGCGCGGAUGACUUCGUCGACGAGGGCACCCUGCACAUCCUUCAAUAA